UCAAUUCCACAGUUCUAGAGUAACUUAAAAUAAGAAAAAUGAACUACUCAUUAGGUAUUCAAUUUACAUCAUGAUGAUCAGUAGAAUUUAAGCCGUUAUUCCCCUCUCUUUGAAGCUAUACAAAUACAACAACCAUAGAUGAUUCAACGACGUUAAUAAUUGAUUUUCUUCUUCAAUUCAAUACAAUACUUUCACUCGUACAUCGCAAUUGCCCACAAUUACUCGUCAAUUCGACGUCAUUCCACUCAAACAAAAUCUUUUAUGUCCGGCCUUUGGGAUAGUCGCCCUUCAUCUGUGGGGGACCGAAUCCCAACAACUCUUGGAUCCGAACAUUUAGGACAUGACAGAUUACACGGAGAUGAUCCAAUACCUGGAGAAUCAGGAACUGUAGCUAUGACAGGCGAUAAUGAUGAUGUCGAUAUUGAGAUCACGGCAUCUCAAAAGAUGAUCUCGGCAAUGUCUGGAAGUCUAUUGACAUCGUUGUUAGUUACUCCUUUAGAUGUCGUUAGAGUCCGUCUACAGUCACAACCUUCCCAAUCUCCUCUAACAGCGAUUCGAAAAGCUGCUCUGGCCUCCCCUCAAACUUUCGGUACGUUACCACCAAAUCUAGGAAUAACAGCAUGUUGUCGAGAAGUUUUCUUCACCAGCGGUACAACGAGCGAUGGUUGCAUGGCUGCACCUAGAGUAAGCGCUAUGGAAGGUGUAGGAUGUGCCGUUGAAGAAACACAAAAAAAAACCUUCAAUUCAACUUUCGACGGGAUGAGAAAGAUUGCGCGGAAUGAAGGGGUCACGACUUUAUGGCGAGGAUUAUCACCUACUUUGGUCAUGACAGUUCCUUCGAACAUAAUAUACUUUACGGGAUACGACUGGUUACGAUUCAACAACCAAAGUCCUAUAAAUCGAAUGUUCAAUGAUAAUUACGCCCCUCUUGCUGCUGGCGCAUCCGCCAGGACUAUAGCCGCUACAGUGGUCAGCCCGAUCGAAAUGUUUAGGACGAGAAUGCAAGCUAGUCAGGCAACUGGGGGAACACAUUUUUCGGAAACUGUGAAGAGUGUUGGCGAGAUGGUUUCACUUCACGGCUAUACAUCUUUGUGGCGAGGAUUAACUUUAACACUUUGGAGAGAUGUUCCAUUUUCUGGAAUUUACUGGUGGGGUUAUGAAUCCAUAAGAGGGGCUUUGACAGAUGCACGAGAACGGAGUCGUGGGAGAACAUAUGAUCGAAAUACUUCCAGAGGUCAAAUACGUACCAGAUCACAAAGUCGAGAAAACCACUCGGCGACAUUCCUGGAUAGUUUUAUUGCUGGGGCGUCAUCUGGAGCAGUUGCUUCUAUUUUGACUAUGCCAUUCGAUGUUGGAAAGACACGUCAACAAAUCUUUCAGGAACCAGGGAAAACACCUGCUGGAGUUGAAAAGGUUUUAGCACCUGAAGAACAAUCCAUGCCAAGGUUUCUUAUGCACAUUUUCAAAGAAGAAGGUCUCGGAGGUUUAUGGAAAGGAUGGGUCGCCAGGACUCUGAAGGUCGCUCCAGCAUGUGCAAUUAUGAUCAGCUGUUAUGAAGUAGGCAAGAGAGCAUUCAGGAGUGUGAAUGAGAAAGCGGAAUUAAAGCGAGGAACCGAGUGAUGAAACGAAUCCUCCCCUCUUAUGGACGGAUGGAAGGUUGGUUUGGCGCACAAAAGGAACACGGAAUUGUAAUACUAAGCGUUUAGAAGCAUAGCGUUUUUGAGCAGGUACCCGGAAUUUUGUAUAGUAUUAGAGAUCCUAGAAACUAAGAUGACUUGAGCGAGAUUAUAUACCCAAAGUUUCAAAAUCGAAGAUUAGGAAGC